CACAAUUUCACACUCUUUACUUUACUUCACUUUGUCAAAACACUCCCAAAACCCUAAAAAAAUAAAAAACACAUUCUCUCAAUUCAAAAAACAAAAUAAAAAUGGCUGAACAACUAACUGAGGAACAGAUUGCUGAGUUCAAGGAAGCUUUUAGCCUCUUUGACAAAGACGGCGAUGGUUGCAUCACUACUAAAGAGCUGGGAACAGUUAUGAGAUCAUUGGGUCAGAAUCCUACUGAAGCUGAACUGCAAGAUAUGAUCAAUGAAGUUGAUGCUGAUCAGAACGGGACCAUCGAUUUCCCCGAGUUUUUGAAUCUGAUGGCCAGGAAAAUGAAGGAUACUGAUUCAGAGGAGGAACUAAAAGAAGCUUUCAAGGUCUUUGAUAAGGAUCAGAAUGGAUACAUUUCCGCUGCUGAACUUCGUCAUGUAAUGACAAACCUUGGGGAGAAGCUAACUGAUGAAGAAGUGGAUGAGAUGAUCCGAGAAGCUGACAUGGAUGGUGAUGGUCAAGUGAACUAUGAAGAGUUUGUGAGGAUGAUGCUUGCCAAGUGAUUAUGCAACCACUUGGGUUUUAGACUUUAGUUGUUACUACUUACUAGUUGCAUUAGCAAGGAUUAUGGUAAAAUGUACGCUCGCUACUUGAGUGCUUUUGGUUAAUACUGCGGUAUAUGAAUCUAAUCUGCAAAUUUUCCA